AUGGGAGAAGUGACAGCCGCAGAAGUGGAAAAGUUCCUGGAUGCUAACGUUAGCUUUGCUAAACACUACUACAACCACCAGUUCAGGGCCAAAGUCAUCUCUGAGCUACUGGGUGCCAAGGAAGCAGCUGUUGAUUUUAGCCACUUCCACUCCUUGACCAGUGUGGAAGAGAGUGAAAUUGUUUUCGACCUCCUCCGAGAUUUCCAGGAGAACCUGCAAGCUGAGAAAUGUAUGUUCAACGUCAUGAAGAAGUUGUGUUUUCUCCUUCAGGCAGACCGAAUGAGUCUGUUCAUGUACCGGGCCCGGAAUGGCAUUGCAGAGCUUGCCACCAGGCUCUUCAAUGUCCAUAAAGAUGCAGUCUUGGAGGACUGCUUGGUGAUGCCUGACUCAGAGAUCGUCUUCCCCCUGGAUAUGGGUGUGGUGGGCCACACUGCACAUGCAAAAAAAAUUGUGAACGUCCCCAAUACAGAAGAGGAUGAGCACUUUUGUGACUUUGUUGAUGAUCUCACGGAAUACAAGACCAAGAGCAUUUUGGCUUCCCCAAUAAUGAAUGGAAAAGAUGUUGUAUCUGUAAUUAUGGCUGUGAACAAAGUGGAUGGAUCAUGUUUUACCAAGAGAGACGAAGAGAUUCUAACGAAGUAUCUUAAUUUUGCAAAUCUGAUCAUGAAGGUGUUCCAUCUGAGCUACCUUCACAACUGUGAAACUCGCCGGGGCCAGAUACUCUUGUGGUCUGGGAGCAAAGUGUUUGAAGAACUUACAGACAUCGAGAGACAGUUCCACAAAGCCCUUUACACAGUCCGUGCCUUUCUCAACUGUGAUAGAUACUCUGUGGGGCUCUUGGACAUGACCAAGCAAAAGGAAUUUUUUGACGUCUGGCCAGUGUUGAUGGGAGAAGCUCCACCCUACUCAGGACCCAGGACACCAGAUGGAAGGGAAAUCAACUUUUAUAAAGUCAUCGACUAUAUCCUCCAUGGGAAAGAGGACAUAAAAGUAAUCCCGAAUCCUACUCCUGACCACUGGGCUCUGGUUAGUGGUCUCCCAACAUAUGUUGCCCAGAAUGGCCUGAUUUGCAAUAUCAUGAAUGCCUCUUCAGAAGACUUUUUUGAUUUCCAGAAAGAACCUCUCGACGAAUCCGGAUGGAUGAUUAAAAAUGUCCUCUCGAUGCCUAUAGUCAACAAGAAGGAAGAAAUUGUUGGAGUGGCUACAUUUUAUAAUCGAAAAGAUGGCAAACCCUUCGAUGAAAUGGAUGAGACACUCAUGGAGUCUUUAACCCAGUUCCUUGGCUGGUCUGUUCUAAACCCUGAUACCUAUGAAUCAAUGAACAAGCUGGAAAACAGAAAGGAUGUGUUCCAGGAUAUGGUCAAAUAUCACGUGAAGUGUGACAAUGAGGAAAUACAAGAAAUACUGAAAACUAGAGAAGUGUAUGGGAGAGAGCCCUGGGACUGUGAAGAAGAUGAGUUAUUUGAAAUUCUAACUGGGAAGCUGAAACGGUACUUCACAGAUCUGGAGGCCUUGGCCAUGGUGACUGCUGCUUUCUGCCAUGACAUUGAUCACAGAGGCACCAAUAAUCUCUACCAGAUGAAAUCCCAGAAUCCACUGGCCAAACUCCAUGGAUCCUCUAUCUUGGAAAGACAUCAUUUGGAAUUUGGCAAAACACUGCUGAGGGAUGAGAAUCUAAACAUCUUCCAGAACCUUAAUCGAAGACAGCAUGAACAUGCCAUUCACAUGAUGGAUAUUGCAAUCAUUGCUACUGAUCUUGCCCUUUAUUUCAAAAAAAGGGCAAUGUUCCAAAAGAUUGUGGAUCAGUCUAAGACUUAUGAAACUGAACAGGAGUGGACCCAAUACAUGAUGUUGGAACAGACACGGAAGGAAAUUGUCAUGGCAAUGAUGAUGACGGCCUGUGACUUGUCUGCCAUAACCAAGCCCUGGGAAGUUCAGAGCAAGGUGGCUCUUCUGGUGGCUGCUGAAUUCUGGGAACAAGGAGACUUGGAGAGAAGUGUGCUCCAGCAGAACCCUAUUUUUGGAGUAUGUUACCAGCCUGCUUGCCGCUCCUUUGUCCUAGGUGAUAAGAGACCUCAUCUUCUCUUCCAGGAGUUUUCCCGGUUUCAUGAGCAGAUCACUCCCAUGCUGGAUGGCAUCACCAAUAACAGGAAGGAGUGGAAGGCAUUGGCUGAUGAAUAUGAUGCCAAGAUGAAAGCUCUGGAAGAAGAGAAGCAGAAAAAAGCAGAGGCCAAGCAAGCAGCUGCUGGACAUCAAGGAAAGCCUGUGGCUGGAGAAGGAGGCGCACAGUCCAAGUCCUGCUCUAUUCAGUAG